CCGUCCUACUCACUACGAGCUUGCUUGGACCGUUUAAAAAAUGUCCACGACCAUCAAAAGAGCUAUAGCGGAGGAUUUGGAAAAUCUGAGUGAUGAUGAUUUCAAGAAGUUUGUUUUCCUGCUUAGAGACCGCAGAGAGGAACCGCGUGUCAGCUCCAGAGCUGUGAAGGGGAAAAACCCGUUGGAGAUAGCAGACACAGUGGUCUCCCAUUUCACAGAGCCCGUAGCCGGUCUGGUGGCUGUGAGCAUACUUAGGCAGAUGAACUUCAACCAGGAGGCUGAAACGCUGGAACUGAAGAUCAAAGCCUGUGUGGAUAAAGACGACUCCAUCCUUCGUAAAACAUUGACAGGGGAGUCGAUGCCAAAGUCGACACGUGAGGUUCUGAAACCUGCACUGGGCUGUCGUUCCUCACAAGUUGCUCAAUGUGAAGGUCCUCAGCAGAAGCCAGAAGAUGUCAAUGCUGAAGAGGAGGAUUGCAUUCUCUCUGAGGAUGGAGACGCCUGUAACGACAGGCUUCCUCUGGGCAAAUGCACAAUCCAGUUUGGCAAGUACAAAAAUCGAACCUUUGAAUGGCUGCGGGAGAAUAAGCCAAGCUAUCUGGGGUACCUGGUUGCUAGCGACCAAAAGGAGAACAACUUUCCUCCACAACAGGAUCGGCUGAGGGCCAACAAGGAUUCCUUGGCCAGAUAUGCAAUGGCGUACCCAGAGGUGAGGGAAGAAAUCAGAUUCAACUCUGAGUAUGACAAAGCCAAAGUGAGAUCCCUCCUCCCAGGCCAGGAAGGAGCUGCUCUUGUUGGAUUUGGUCCUUAUCGAUGGGAGACACUAAAAGUUCUGUAUGAGUCACCGGACCCAGAUAAAAUCAGGUUUGUCAACAACAUUUGGAUUAAAAAGUCCACCUGCAUCAAAGGAUCCAAGAUGGACAUCCUUGUCAGAUAUAUCCUAAAGCGAGAGAAAGAGUGGGCUAAGGCUGUGCAAACCCGAAGAACCGCGAUCUCUUCUUACAAGAAUAAAUAUUAAAACUACAGAGGACAUGCCAACAAGUACGGGAACCUGAAGGUUCAAGGGCAGCAAUCAAGAAGAGGCAGGCAAAGACAGCAGGGAUCAUGGAGC